AAGGACGACAGGAUGCCUUGGGAGCAAGUAAAAAGGGAGAACGCGUCCUUGGAUUCCUACAAUUAGAAAACCAGUAUAUUGCAAGAGUUAUAAACUACACUCAGUGGAAUUAUCCGGUCACCAUAAUCGUGACAUGUACUCAUACUUGGAAGGGCCACUAUGGUAAUCUAAUACGUGUGCCACAAGUGUGGAAAUCAUCAUCAUACCCCGACGUGAGGAACACUGCCUUGAGUUGGGCAAAGGUAAAGAUAAAGGACAGCGUCAGAAUCCUGGUGUCAUUUACCAUGGCGGCCUCGGUGUGGAUCACAAACGGCAGCGCCGGCAGCGCUACGGACCCCUUGCGCUAUAGAUAUAAAUGGUGGAACCCUGUAGUAUACGUGCAGAGUUGCAAAGACACGUUCAGCAAGACAGAGUAUAGCUCGAGCGCUGAGACCAUGUUCAGCAGCAGCAAAGGCCUUGAAGUUGUGCUGGCGUACGACACCGCGGAGAGCCUCAGGAAAAAGACAGAGUUGUUCUUCGCUGAAGCGGGAAACCUACCGAAGAAGCAUGGCUUGGCACUUUAUGAAGUAGACUUCGACGACUACACUAACGCGUGCGGCUUGGGCGCCUUUCAACGGCUUAAGACGCUUAGCCGAUACUUGCAUCUGUAACGCGGCCGACCACCACUGCUCACAAGCGACCACCCGCUGCCCCGCUUUCCCCUCUGUCUGCAGUGAAAUAAACAUAAGCUGUUCGCUGCAGAUGAGCAAGA